UUCCGGCUGCAGAGUAACCGCCGCCUCUGCCUUCCACCUAGAAGGGCCCUACAUUUCGCUUCUCACCUUAAAAGGUCGCUUACUUGUGCUGCUAGGUGCGGCUCCCACCGCCGCCACCUCAGUGCUGAGCCUGCAAAGCACCUGCCCCAAGAGACAGGCAGCGCCCUAUAUUUAUAGGUUAUUUGGGGGCCUGGGGUUUUCCUUAUACCAGCAAUAAAAUUUGGUCCUUUUGAGCACCCCAUAGCUUCCCUGCCCUUCUCCCAUCCCCCCCCCGCUGUUUCUGCCAUGGAGCCAGUCAAGAGGCCCAGUGACGACAGUGUCGUCGUCCCCGGGACGCCCGAAAACAAGAUGGCCAAGGAACCCAACCCUAAGGACAGUCCCCCCAACCCGUCCCUCAUGAAAGCCUUGGAGGCGGUUUUAAUCGCUGGCCGGCGUGGCUUGCUUGGCCCGGAAGCCAUGGCGGCGGCAGGAAGCACCCCGGAAUUGAAUCCGGGCGGCAGCAACGGAGUGGCCCCUCCGGCAGUAGACCCUCCGCAAGGCCUGAAUCCCAUUCCCUGCUUGGCAGGAGGGGGAAAGAAGAAGAAGGCUGUCAAUGAGAUGCGUACAUCUGUGAUAACUGCCGUGCAACAGGUGAUGGGUGCUGGAGGACAGCAACCUCCCCCAAAGGAAAUCUGGAUAUGUGGCAAUUCUGUGAUCGUGGCAUCAAAGAAGAGAGCUAACAGUCUACCACAUGGAUUGCAGUUAGGCAUCUCUGUUUCAAGAGCACAUCUGUAUUGGCAUGGGAUACAGAAAAUGAAGUGGGAACAGCUCGUGCCUCUUCUGCAUGAAAUUUAUUUUAACCGUUCUUCUCCAUCCCUUAUAAUAAUUCAUAUUGGAGAAGAUGAUCUACUUCCCAAUGAUAACGUGUCUCUCAUUAUAUCCAUGAAAAAUGACUUGGGCAUUCUUAAAAGAGCAUUCCCAAAUGCUACUAUAGUUUGGUCUUCACUGUUGCCAAGACGUGUUUGCAAGAAGGACCAAAAUCCUGGACACAUGGCAAAAGCUCAAAAGUAUGUUAACAGGAAAAUGGUAAGCUUUUGUAAUGAAAUUGGUGUACACUUUCUGUCGCAUAACUUGAUUACGUCUGAUAAAGCAAAUCUGUUCUUGCCUGAUGUCAAUGACCUAUCUGAUGCAGGAGCUGAUUUCUUCUUGGCAGACCUGAAGAAAGUCCUGCGGUUCUAUCAGGUUUUAUUUUGUGACAUCUAGUUACUCCUAAUUAAGUAUUGUAAAAUGGCUGCCGUUUCCAUAAUUGAUAGAAAUUGCUAUUACAAUUUUCUGUCCUUUUUUUGUCAGAAUGAUGAUAAAUGAUUUGCCCGGGGGGGGUUAUGUUCCCUUCCCCCCCCCUCACUAUUUUGUAAUGAAUCCACAAGCUAUCAUUUAGUAUAGGGAGGUCAGGAUAUUGUUGUAAACUGUAUUAUGACCAAAGAACGUAUUCAUCAGUUUGUUGGGGUUUCGUCUAAGCUUGAGAAUGAGUUUAUCUAUGCAGGUCAGAUACAGAUGCAGAAGUAAGAAGUUCCAUAUGUGGUUUUUAAUAAAAACUUAAGAAACCAUAUUGUGCAAAUAAUCAAAUGGAAUUAGCAUCAGAGGCCAGUACUCUUCCAAAUAAUUCUUUGGCAGUCAUGGAAUCAUCCAAGCCAGAAGGAGAAAUGGGUUUAUUUUUGGCUACCUGAAUUUUUAUUAUCUAUUUUUGCAACAUGAAUCUCAGUGUAAAUAUUGCAAUAGAACCAUGACUUUGACUUUUUGUAGUAGUGCCUUGCAGUGCUUUUGGUACAUCAGCAUAGUUACUGUUGACCGAUGCAACAGAGUUAGAGGUAAGUUGCUAGAAAAACUGCUCCAUCUGGAAUGAAGAUGGAGGCAAAUGUUUCCUAUGGCUCGUGCUGUUUGAUAUAGCCACAUCACUGCAAGAACUUAAGUGGACAUGGACAUCUGUGAAUAAAAGGUGAGCAGAAACAUGGAAAAAUGGAGACACCUGCAAAACCAAGGAACUGCUAUUUUUGUGAAUUUUUAAUAUAUACACUUGAGUUGCACACUUAGUCUGUAUUUUGUUCUGCUUCGAGUAGGAUGAGGCUCUGCCUAAACUAUCUACAGAAUUGGAUCUUUGCAAAAUGUGAUGGCAUAUGCCAGAAGCAAAGGCCAUAGGAGCAAGCAAAAGGAUCUCUAAACCAAGAUGUCUAGAGAGAAUUGCAACUUGUGAAGACGUUUGAAGAAUCAAAAUUGUACUGUGAUGGAAAUGCAAACAUGUCUUGACUGUGUAUUACUUCGUAACAUAUGAAUGUAAAAAAUUGUAUACAGGCAAAGGUUGUGUCCUGUAGACCUGCUACUGUUGUGUUUCUUCAUGUUAUGUUAAAGCAACUGCCUAGCUUUGGAACGAAAUCUGUUCUUGUACAUCAUAUUGAGUUGCUAUCCACAGCACUGUUGCUUAAUUUUGUUAAGAUUCUCGGCCUGUUUCUGUCAUACAUCACCACAGUGUUUAAACUGCACGAUAAUGAAAACAACAAAGAGUCUGGUGGCACCUACCAAGGAUGGGGUGUUUAAGCUUUUGUCAAUGCAGCCUUGUUAAUUGUUAUAAUACUUACUAUGCUUUUACGUUAUUAUCACUGUCCUUUUGCAUUUCUGUUGGACUAACUUCUUUCAGUCCCCACCCCCAUGAAUGCACACAUCCACGCCAAUUGGGGAUUGCACUUCAGCAGGGGUGGGGAACCAGUGGGCUGCAACUCCCAUCAGCCCCAACCAAUAUGCCCUGUGAUCGGGCAGGAUGGGAAUUGCAGAUCAGCAGCAGAUUCCCCACUCUUGCACUUCAUGUAUCUGCUUAAGUGGAUUCUGGUCCAUGAAAGCUGAUGCUAUAAUGAAUUUGUUAGUCCUUGUGCUGCCACAAGACUCUUUAUUGGUUUUGGUGCACCAGCCUAACACAGCUGUCCCUCUGGAAAUUAUAACAAAAUAAAUAAUUCUUCAUUAAAGGGCAGCUGCAAACUGAUUUUGGAAACAGUUCCUUUAUCAACUGGCAAUGGUGACAUUACUUUAUACUAUGAGGAUUCUUCUCUAGAAGGAAGGGUUUUAUCUAAAUCAUGAACAGAGAACCUUGGGCCCUCCAGAGGUUGCUGAACUACAGCUCCCUUCAGCCCUAAUAAGCAUGUCCAAUGGCUGGGGUAACGGGAGUUGUAGAUAAAUAACAUCUGGAGGACAAAAGGUUUUCCACACCUGAUCUAAAUCAUCUUUUUGCGGACAUGCUGUUGUCAACCUUGAGGCUCUAUACAUGUAUUACUCACGUAUGGGGCGAUAUUGGGGAGUAGGGCUGUGCUUUCUGUCCUGUCCCCAAUGUUAGAUAUACUUCCUUCAGCAACUAUACUCAGUUGUCUUUAGAGCAAGAAUUCUCAAAAGCAAAUCCACUGAUGUCAUCAAAAGGCAUACCAUGUGCACCAGAACAAAAAGCAAGUAGUUUGGGGACUGUAAAGAUGAGUACAGUGGCACAUCUUGUCUAUUCUGAAUCUUGCAUAACAUUUCAAUUGUAAUACCCUGAAUGUGUUUCAGGGUGGAAUUAUUGCUCAAUGUUGAUAGACAUGACAAAGAUGUUGGUAUCAGUAUUCCUGGAAUAACACACAGGGAACUUUGUGUAAUAGAGUAAGGUGACUGAAA